AACAUUUUACAAGGUGUUAAGAUGUUGAUAAUAGGUGACCCGACUGGCACCACAAAAACAUCAACAAUAAAAUACGUUUGUAAAGAAAGAAAUUAUCAUAUUGUUGAUUGGACUGAAAUUAAAUACGGUGAAG